UACCCUGUCUUACAUUUGACCAUUCUAACUUUUUCGAGUUUGUCGCCAGUUUCCUCCCUAAUGGAGUUAGAGGUUGGGAGCAAAAUGAAGAUAACAUAGAAAAAUCAGGGAGGAAAAUGGCUAUUUUUAAACUAUUGGAGCAAAACCGUUAAAAUGAUCAAACCACCGGGAGCAAAACGGAAGUUUACUCAAAAAACUUAUUUCAGUUAAAAAAUAAUCAAAUAAGCAGUUUGGAUAAGCAAUCAAAAACACCCUCAAAACCAAUAAGCCAACAUCAAGUUUUAUUAAGCAAUCACAAAUGCCCCUUAGAACAUAUAUCUUGAAUUACUCUGUAUAUCGUUAAUUAACAAUUGGAAAUAAGGUUUACUCUGUUGGUUGAAAUCAAUUUACGGGAUUAAGUUUGAUACAUUACGUAUCCGAGGGUUUGAUACAUUACGUACCUGGGGUAGAGGGAUGAUUUCGUUGCUUGAACGUUUAUUUCUUUCAAAGGAUUACUUCAAUAAAUUAAACUUAUUCAUUUGUGUUUUAGUCCACCCGCGAACCUCGCGGGUUCUUAAACUAGUUGAUAGAAUAUAAAAGAUCUCUGGUUAAAACAUGAGCAAUAGGAAUAAUUUAGAAUAAUUUGUAUAAAAUAAAACAGAGGUAACAUUUACUAAAGGAAAUGAAAAGUCAAAACCAAUAAAUUUUGUAUUAAUUACUUCUAAUAUUGACUAGGAAAUAAACAACAAGACCAUUAGGUGCGGAGGUUUUUUUUUUUUUAAUGAAACGAGAACUUCAUUAACAACGUCGAACCCGAAAACCAGGACGGAAAAACAAACAAAACUACAUAUUCACAAAUUUACACCAAUCCCUCCAUUCAAAUCUACAUUUCUUAGCUCUAUGCUUGAACCAAAAGAAACUAACAACCCUGAUUUCACUAAACAUCUCAUCUAUACUACACCAUAUUUGCUUGGCGUGCGGAUUUGGAUCGUAUCCCAACGGUUGAGGCGCUUGCAAAAAGGGGUAUGGUGUUGAUUGACGACAUUAGGUGCAGAGGUGGUUCAUCACUAGUUGAUGGGCCUUCAUGUAAACUGCCACGUCACCCAGGGGCAUCACCUCACUCGGUUGGUUAGCCCCACAAACCACCACACAAGCAAACCUCCUUGUUGGAGGAGGUGGUCCGCAGUCCACUCAACCGGACGAGUAUGGUUUGAAAGGAAUGGGGACCACUCACUCACAAUAUAUAUAUUUUUUUCCUUUUUUAGGGUGAAAAGCGGGGUGUGAUGUGAAUGUUUGAAAUGAUUUAUUGUUAGAGGAAAACAUGUGGUUUGGAGUGGUGAUGGUUUGGAAUGAUAUGUCAUGCUGACUUGAGAGUCUGUUGGAUGGACAAUUAUCGGUGUAAACAAGCCCAAAAGCUCGAGUGAUACUCGUGAUCGGCUCGGUUAAAAGUUUGAACGAGCCCGAGCAUGAAAUAAAACUCGUUUAGUUAUAGAGCCUGAAAUACAAAACUCAUUUAGGCUCGCGAGUCUAGACGAGCCUAAACAAAGUUUUAGUUUUUUUUUGUAUAUGAUAUAAUAAUAAUGAUGAUAACAUUGACGAUCUCAGCUUUGGCUCGUUUAAGCGAUAUUGAAACUAGCUCAAACCGAAUUUUUAGCCCGUUUGAGAUUGUUCUCAAAAUAGUUCGAGCCGAGCUCGAGUUUUGAGUUUUGCUCACGAGCCGAGUUUGAACUCAAAUAGAUAGGCUCGAACCGAGCCACGCUCGAGCUUCAUAAAAAUAUGACAAACCGAACUCAAGCCUAGUCACUAGUCAGGCUCAAUCGAGCUCAUUUUUGCUCUAAACAUAACUACCACGUGUCAAAUUUAUUUCAACGAAAAAAAGAAACGAACAGAAAUGGAAGACAAUUCAGAACUCAAAACCUUCAUCAAAAUCUGGUUUACCGCCAUCGCAUCUCUCUGCUACUGCUACUUCAUUCCAAAUCACAUCCCCCAUGGCUUCCGGCGCUUACUCUCUCUCCUACCAGUCAUCAUCGUCUUCUUCCUCCUCCCACUGCCACUCACCACCAUCCACCUCGCCGGUCCCACCAUCUUCUACCUCGUCUGGCUCGGUAACUUCAAACUCCUACUCUUCGCCUUCAACCGCGGUCCGUUAUCCUCCAAACCGCCGUUAAAACUCCUCAAUUUCAUCUCAAUCGCACUUCUUCCGAUAAAUCCGAAACACACAGAUCGAGAUCUGGAUUCAGUUUCAUCGCAUAAACCGAUAUUAUUAGCGGUUAAAGCUUUGAUUCUCGCUCUAAUUGUAGUUGCGUAUCAGUACAGAGAUAAUCUACAUCCGAAUGUGAUUUUAGGUUUUUAUUGUUGUAAUGUUUAUCUCGGUGUUGAGCUAGUAUUAGCAAUAACCGCUUUUUUCGUUAGGUUUAUUCUCAGAUUUGAUUUCGAAAUCGAACCGCAGUCCAACGAACCGUAUUUAGCUUCAUCGCUGCAGGAUUUUUGGGGCCGGAGGUGGAACCUUAUGGUGACGCGGAUCCUCCGGCCGACGGUUUACGAUCCGGUGCGUGAGGUUUUGUCGCCGGUGAUCGGUAAAACGUGGAGCCGAAUGCCGGCGAUUGUGGCGACUUUUGUGGUGUCUGGAUUGAUGCAUGAGUUGAUAUAUUGGUACUUUACACGUGUCAGGCCGACGUGGGAGGUGACGUGGUUUUUUGUGGUGCAUGGAGUGUGUACGGCGGUUGAAGUGGCGGUUAAGAAGGUGGUUGAUGGUAGGUUGAGGUUGCAUAGGGCGGUGUCUGGGGUGGUUACGGUGGCGUUUGUGGCGGUUACUGGUGUUUGGCUAUUUUUGCCGCAAAUAUUGAGGAAUGGUGUGGAUGUUAAGGCGAUUGAUGAAUAUAAAGUUGUGGUGAACUUUUUGAAGUCUAAAAUGGAGUAAAAUAUGAUAAUCGUGUUGAUGUAGAGUGUACUAAAUUGUUUUGCAUUUGGACCUUUACUUUUUUCUUUAAAAUUCUAUCCAAAUGAUUUUUUUUGGUUA